AUGACUUAUCAAAGAUUGUUGUUGGUGUCGUUGAUCCAAACAGAUCUCUUAGCUUUAGCUCAAACAGUUUGCGGCAAGAAUGGCAACUACACCAGCAACAGCGUAUACGGCGCUAACAUCAACACCACUCUCUCUUCUAUCUAUACAAACAUCGGCAUCAAUGGCUUCUACAACGCCUCAGCCGGGCAGGGGCCCGACCGAGUGAACGCCAUCGCGCUGUGCAGAGGCGACGUUCAGCUCAACGUGUGCCGUCAAUGUGUGCAGGAAGCCGGCGCCGAUCUGGUGGAGUCAUGCCCGAUUCAGAAGGAGGCCUUCGUCUGGAGUGAAUUUUGCAGUUUACGGUACUCGAAUGGAACCAUCUACGGGGCUGUGGCGACUAGACCCGCUGUCUCCGUGAGGAAUACACAGAAUGUGACGAGUCCAUGGCAGUUUAGGGAGGCUCAAAGAGCGUUGCUCCAUGAUCUACGGGGACGAGCCUCUGCUGGCUCGUCUACGAGGAAGGUGGCAGCGGGGAGUGCAACUGGACCCGAUUCUCAAAUGAUUUUCGGAUUAGUUCAGCUCCCCGAAUUUGACAUUGGAGGAUUGUAA